CCCCCGGCCAUUGCGAAUGUACUCCAUUAGUGCCACUCUGUGAGAGUUAUUCGACUGACUCACGUAUAGGGCACUUUAUCUGUCCUAUUCAUUAUACUUCUUGUCUACCUGAGGGUCAUCUGCCUGUUUUCUCUCCAUCUGACGCUCUCAUACACCCCCCGAGAAUUCACCGCGCUCAAGCGACAUUCCUACGCAUUGGUCUGAGUGAGGAAUCGCCGUGUGCUUCGCACAGUGACCUUCGACAUGAGUAACUCACUCGCGCCUCUGGACCCCAUUACCAAUGGGUCGGCGGAUCGCAAUAAGAAAGUCGCCUAUUUCUACGAUUCCGAUGUGGGAAACUAUGCCUAUGUCUCGGGACAUCCGAUGAAGCCUCAUCGCAUAAGGAUGGCUCACAGUUUGGUCAUGAACUAUGGCCUUUAUAAAAAAAUGGAGAUAUACCGGGCGAAGCCGGCCUCGAAAUACGAAAUGACCCAGUUCCACACGGAUGAGUACAUCGACUUCCUUUCGAAGGUUACACCAGACAACAUGGACUCCUUCGCGAAGGAGCAGAGCAAGUACAAUGUCGGAGACGAUUGUCCCGUUUUCGAUGGACUCUUCGAGUUUUGCGGUAUCAGCGCGGGUGGUAGUAUGGAGGGUGCCGCUCGGCUCAACCGCAACAAGUGCGACAUUGCCGUUAACUGGGCCGGUGGUCUUCACCACGCGAAGAAAAGUGAAGCAAGUGGUUUCUGUUAUGUAAAUGACAUCGUUCUGGGUAUCCUGGAGCUGCUGCGAUUCAAGCAGCGCGUGCUUUACGUUGAUAUUGAUGUCCACCACGGAGAUGGUGUUGAGGAGGCAUUCUACACGACCGACCGUGUGAUGACGGUGUCCUUCCACAAGUACGGCGAGUACUUCCCAGGUACGGGUGAGCUGCGCGAUAUCGGAGUGGGUCAGGGCAAGCACUAUGCCGUCAACUUCCCUCUCCGCGAUGGCAUUGAUGACAUCUCCUACAAGAGCAUCUUUGAGCCCGUUAUUAAGAGCGUUAUGGAAUGGUACCGACCCGAAGCUGUGGUUUUGCAGUGUGGUGGCGACAGUCUUUCGGGCGACCGUCUUGGAUGCUUCAACCUCAGUAUGCGGGGCCACGCGAACUGUGUGAACUUUGUGAAGAGCUUUAACCUGCCCACGAUGAUUCUUGGCGGUGGUGGUUAUACGAUGCGAAAUGUGGCACGUACUUGGGCCUUCGAAACCGGUAUUCUCGUUGGUGACACCCUUGGGGCGGAGCUUCCCUACAACGAUUACUACGAGUACUUCGCACCCGACUACGAGCUGGAUGUACGCCCGUCCAACAUGGACAAUGCCAACACGAAGGAAUACCUCGAUAAGAUCCGCACACAGGUUGUGGAAAACCUUAAGCGGACCGCCUUUGCGCCCUCCGUGCAGAUGACCGAGGUGCCUCGAGAGCCUCUCGUGGAGGGCAUGGACGACGAGGCAGAUGCCAUCUUGGACGAUCUAGACGAGGACGAGAACAAGGACAAGCGCUUCACCAAGCGGCGCUUCGAUCAGUACAUUGAGAAGCCUGGAGAGCUUAGCGACAGUGAUGACGAGGAGCUGGCUGGGGCCAACGGUGUCCGGCGGCAACCCAACGCGCUUAAGCGGAGGAACCAGGUCAACUAUCGGAAUCUCGAUGUGAACGACUCGGGGCUGGAGAGCGGCAUGGCCACGCCACAGGACGCAUCCUCCCUUCCUGACGAUGACAUGGAUACGACUGCUGAUGCGAAGAUGACUGAGGCUCCGGAGCCGGAGACUGAGGCGCAAGCCACCCCCUCUGCGGCCGAUGCGCCGUCCCGAGCAGAUGAGGCCUCCGCGACAGAGCAGACAGAGAUGGCAGUGGAUGGGCCAGAAACGACGGCGGCAUCGGCGCCGAUCUCCCGGCAACCGUCUCCCAAGCCUCAGGACGAAGACACCACGAUGGUAGAUGCGGGCGAGGCCGCACCGGAAACCGAGAAAUCCGAAGCUGCGCCUGAAGGCGCGGCUGAAGAGGAAGAGAAGAAGCCCAGCGAGGAGACCCCUGCGGCUGACAAGCCCGCUACGGAAGAAACACCUGCCGCAAAAGAAGAGUCACCUGCGAAAGAGACAACUGAGGCAGCCGAUACGGCAGAGGCGGAGACCAAGCCUGCGGAGGCCAGUGAGCCGAGCGAGGUCAAGGACAAGACACCAGAGGCAGCCAAGGACGAGUCAGGUGAGGCUAAAUCAAAGGAGCCCAGCGCGGAAGCCGCAGGAGCAACAGAAGCCGAGAAGACCGAGGAAGCAAGCAAGACCGAGGAGUGAAGCUGAGCGAGCAAGAUGGGAACAAACGAACGACUGGCGCAAAGGCACGGGCGGAUGGUGUUUGGGAACGAAUUGAUUUCUUACCAUAUUAUUAUUACAUAUUUGAGAGCAUGAAUGCCUAGUAUUUUUAGAGCAGAUUCAAUAACGUGUAUUUACCAAUGUAUUCCAUAUC